UUCCUGAUCGGGGGCUUCAGGUUUCAGCCCGUGCUUCACGGGGAGUGAGAGAGGGCACUGUGCGGACUUUUUUUCUCUCUCUCCUAAAGCUGCAAGGCAAGGAGCAAUCACCAUGCAAGGAGCCAUCCCACUCAUCGGGCUAUAGACGCAUGAUGCUAAAAAGACUACUGCCUCUGGAUACCUCUCCCUGGAAAAGAGCUGAAGAUAUUCCGAUAAGGAAUAAAAUAACACUUUAUCGAUUUAUUUUGCGCAUAAAAAAGACUUAUUUAAGAAAACAAUACAGAGGCAACCAAAGUAAACGUUCCAUUGUUCUUUUGUAAAAAUUAACCAACUCAAGAAGUGGAAAUUACAAUAUUUUUUGCCUCGAAAGCACAUGGAUUUUCUUCAGAGAUGGAAUUAAAAGCGAGCCAACAGUGCGUUGUUUUUAACACAAUGGAGUAAAGGCGACGGAAUCAGGUCCGCUCCUUUCAGAAUCAAUGUCGAACAAAUCAUCUUUACUGUAGGAAAAAUUAAAACACAACAUCUACCCGGCAGUCUUCCUGGAAGUUGCUCUUUUUUUUGUAGCAAGAAAUUAAAAUGCAAUGACUGAAGACGACGUUCACAUCUCUCAAUUCACAUUAAGAGGGGUUGAAUGAUGGAUGAGGAUGAAGGGAAUCAACCUGAAGACCAGAGGGCUAAGGAAUCGGAGGGGAGAUCUUCCAUCCCCAGCACUUUUAUCCGUCUCAACGACUUGUCCGGUGGCGGCGGCGGCGGAGAAAGGAGCGACCAGGAUCCGGAGCCCGGCGCGGAGCAGAAGGAGCCAGCGGCGGCGGGGGAAGAGAGCUCAGGAGGCAGCACAGAAGCGCUCCCUUACCCGGCUUUGGCACCCGUCGUUUUCUUCUACCUAAAACAGACGACUCGACCUCGUAGUUGGUGUCUCAAGCUGGUCUGCAAUCCCUGGUUUGAAAGGGCCAGCAUGCUGGUUAUCCUGCUGAACUGUGUCACCUUGGGCAUGUACCAACCCUGUGAGAACAACCAGUGUACCUCGGAGCAUUGCAAGAUCUUACAGAAAUUUGAUGACUUCAUCUUCGCUUUCUUUGCUGUGGAAAUGCUGAUCAAAAUGAUAGCUCUGGGAAUUUUCGGAAAAAAAUGUUAUCUCGGCGAUACGUGGAACUGGCUGGACUUCUUCAUUGUGCUAGCUGGGAUGCUGGAGUACUCUCUCAACCUGCAGAACGCCAGCUUCUCAGCGGUCCGCACUGUCCGAGUCCUGCGACCUCUGCGAGCAAUCAACCGAGUUCCCAGUAUGCGCAUCUUGGUGACGCUGCUCCUUGAUACUCUCCCCAUGCUGGGGAACGUGCUGCUGCUCUGCUUCUUCGUCUUCUUCAUCUUUGGGAUUGUUGGUGUCCAGCUGUGGGCGGGGCUUCUGCGAAACCGAUGUUUCUUCCCAGAAAACUUCACAACACCUCCAUCUUUGGGCCUUGACAAAUACUACCAUACAGAAAACGAUGACGAGAACCCUUUUAUCUGCUCACAGCCUCGGGAAAACGGCAUGCGCUACUGUCGCAGCAUCCCGAUGUUGCGUGAAGACGGGGUGGAGUGCAAUCUGGACUACUACUCGUACAACAGCACUGACAACACCACCUGUGUGAACUGGAACCAGUACUACACCAACUGCUCAGCCGGCGACCACAACCCCUUCAAAGGAGCCAUUAACUUUGACAACAUAGGGUAUGCAUGGAUUGCAAUUUUCCAGGUCAUCACUCUUGAGGGCUGGGUGGAUAUCAUGUAUUUCGUCAUGGACGCCCAUUCUUUCUACAACUUCAUCUAUUUCAUUCUGCUCAUUAUAGUGGGCUCCUUCUUCAUGAUCAACCUCUGCCUAGUUGUCAUAGCAACCCAGUUUUCGGAGACCAAGCAGCGAGAGAGCCAGCUGAUGAAGGAGCAGCGUGUGCGCUUCAUGUCGAACGCCAGCACACUGGCCAGCUUUUCUGAGCCCGGAAGCUGCUAUGAUGAGCUGCUCAAGUACCUGGUGCACGUGGUGCGCAAAGCGAAAAGACAGCUGGCCCAGGUGUACAGGAUGGCGGCCACCAAAGCGGGCAUCCAGGUGGGGCUAGGCUCAGCUGCUGAGCGGCCAGCUCACAAGAGAAGAAGGAAGAAACAUCAGAGGGCCUCUGUUCACCACCUCAUCCAUCACCAUCACCACCAUCACCACCACUACCACAUGGGAAAUGGCAGCCUGCGGGCGCCACGCUCCAGCCCAGAGCUUGGUGACCCGGAGACAGGCUCGGUCCACAAUACCUCUGGUCGUCUCAUGCUGCCACCUUCAUCUGGCUCCAAUAUCAACCUCCUGCCACCUCCCCUGGGCAACACAGAAUCGGUGCACAGUGUCUAUCAUGCCGACUGCCACUUUGAGCCAAUCCACUGUGCCCCUUCACCUGAGAGCAAGAAGAAAAGCACUGCACCACCACUGAGCAGCCUGGGGGGCAAAAAUUACCCUACUGUGCACCCAACCUGUGUCCAGGAAAGCCAGAAGGAGAAAAUGCCAGUGGAUCCUGGCAACAGUGGCUGCGGUGGCACUUUAACCAACCUGAACAUCCCACCCAGACCCUUCAGCACCAUGCACAGGCUUCUGGAAACACAGAGCGCAGGUCCCUGCAAAGGCACUUGUAAACUAACCAGCAACCUGACCAAUGUGGACAACCUGACCUGUGACCCUGAGAGCUGCCCACACUGUAUUAAGUCUCUGAACAACGACUCAGAGGGAACCGACAACGAAACCGCGGACUCGGACAGCGAGGGCAUCUACGAGUUCACCCGAGAUGCCCACUACAGCGACAGUCGUGAUUCACAGAAAGGUGGAGCUGCGAUGGGUCCUCGUGCUAACAAAAUCAUUCAGUUUCUGAAGCUUGUGUGCGAAACCUUCCGUAAAAUUGUGGACAGCAAGUACUUCGGGCGAGGGAUCAUGAUUGCAAUCCUGAUCAACACACUCAGCAUGGGGAUCGAGUACCAUGAACAGCCAGACGAGUUGACAAAUGCACUUGAGAUCAGCAACAUCGUGUUCACUAGUCUCUUCGCUCUGGAGAUGCUCCUUAAGGUUCUUGUGUACGGACCCUUCGGCUACAUUAAAAACCCCUAUAACAUCUUUGACGGCAUCAUCGUGGUCAUCAGUGUUUGGGAGAUCGUUGGCCAACAAGGUGGAGGGCUUUCUGUCUUGCGGACGUUUCGCCUGAUGCGGGUGCUCAAACUGGUGCGCUUCAUGCCAGCUCUGCAGAGACAGCUUGUGGUCCUCAUGAAGACCAUGGACAACGUGGCCACAUUUUGCAUGCUGCUUAUGCUGUUCAUCUUCAUCUUCAGCAUUUUGGGGAUGCAUCUGUUCGGCUGCAAGUUCGGCUCUGAGAGGGAUGGGGACACUCUGCCAGACAGGAAGAACUUCGACUCUCUCCUUUGGGCCAUUGUUACAGUCUUCCAGAUUUUAACUCAGGAAGACUGGAACAAGGUUCUUUAUAAUGGUAUGGCAUCCACCUCCCCUUGGGCUGCACUCUACUUCAUCGCUCUUAUGACCUUUGGCAACUAUGUACUCUUCAAUCUGUUGGUUGCCAUCCUGGUGGAAGGGUUUCAAACAGAGGAAAUUACCAAGAGGGAAGAAGCGAUUGGGCAGUUAAGCUGUAUUCAGCUGCCUGUCGACUCCGGGGGCGACAUCUCCAAGUCGGACUCUGAAGACUUCUACUCCCAGAGCCUGGAAGACGUGUGUGGAAGCAAGAAGGACCUUUCAGCUUCAGCCAUGGUUCCCAUCAAUGGUCACGUGGAGAUGAAGAACAGCUUGACCCCACCUCUUAUCACCCACACGGCAGCAACGCCCAUGCCAGUGCCAAAGAGCUGUGCUUACGGUGACCUGGCUCUGGGUUAUGAGUCUCGCCGAGGGAGCAGUGUCUCUGUGGACCCCAACUGCUAUGAUAUAAAGUCCCCGGUGAGCGCACGGAGCUCCCCCUACACACCCUGGAGCACCGCCAGCAGCUGGAACAGCCGGCGCUCGAGCUGGAACAGCCUCGGCCGAGCCCCCAGCCUUAAGAAACAGAAAAGACAGUCAGGGGAGCGGCGCUCGCUGCUUUCUGGGGACGGCAAGUCAAGCUCAGACGAGGGAGAGGGUUCUGAUGGGGAAGGUGGCUCUGCCAGCAGCUCACUGCAUCAGCAUCGCAUGGAGUCCCUGGAGACGAAAAGUUCUUUUGAGCUACCCCCUGACACCCUACAGGUGCCCACCUACUUAUACCGUUCAGCCAGCCUGCUCAGUGCGCGGCCUUCAUUGGCUGAGCACCAGGACUGCAAUGGGAAAACCUCACCAUCGGCCAUGUUGCAUCAGUUUUCCAUCGAAGAACAGCAGAGUGAUGAUGACAACAUUGAAGAAGGAGGUAUCAUGGGUCGCAAAGCCAGGCUGGUUCGGUGGUUUGAGAAGCAUCAGCCUGAAUGGUGUCGGGAAAGAAGCACUUGGUCACUUUACCUCUUUUCACCUCAGUCUAACUUCCGGGUGACGUGCAAUAAAAUCAUCACGCACAAGAUGUUUGACCACAUCGUUCUAGUCAUCAUCUUCCUGAACUGCAUCACCAUCGCAAUGGAGAGGCCCAAGAUCGACUCCAAUAGCGCAGAGAGAUUUUUCCUGACGCUGUCCAACUACAUCUUCACGGUGGUCUUUCUCACCGAGAUGACAGUAAAGGUGGUAGCCAUGGGCUGGUGUUUUGGGGAAAGAACAUAUCUGAAGAGUAGCUGGAACAUCCUGGAUGGUGUACUUGUCUUCAUAUCAGUCAUCGACAUCCUCGUCUCCAUGAUCUCCAACAGUGGAACAAAGAUCUUGGGAAUGCUGAGAGUCCUGCGGCUUCUGCGCACCCUGCGGCCCCUCCGGGUGAUCAGUCGAGCGCCAGGUCUGAAGCUGGUGGUGGAGACCCUCAUAUCCUCCUUGAAGCCCAUUGGCAACAUAGUUGUCAUUUGCUGUGCCUUCUUUAUCAUCUUUGGCAUCCUCGGAGUUCAGCUUUUCAAAGGCAAGUUCUUUGUGUGCUUGGGAGAGGACACCAGCAACAUAACCAACAAGUCGGACUGCCUCCAGGCGCAUUACAAGUGGGUCCGCCACAAGUACAACUUUGACAACCUAGGCCAGGCUCUGAUGUCGCUCUUUGUGCUCGCCUCCAAAGACGGCUGGGUGGACAUCAUGUACGACGGCUUGGAUGCAGUGGGGGUCGACCAGCAGCCCAGGUUGAACUACAACCCAUGGAUGUUGCUCUACUUUAUCUCGUUCUUGCUGAUUGUGGCCUUCUUCGUGCUCAACAUGUUCGUCGGGGUAGUUGUGGAGAACUUUCACAAGUGUCGGCAACAUCAGGAGGCAGAGGAGGCCAAACGUCGCGAAGAAAAGAGGCAGAAGAGGAUGGAGAAAAAAAGAAGGAGUAAGGAGAAAGAGCUGGCUGAUAUAAUGCUGGAUGAUGUUAGACGGAUCAGCUCAGGAUGUGCAGUCACAGAAGCGCAGUGUAAACCCUACUAUUCUGAUUACUCUCCCACACGCCUCCUCAUCCACAAGAUGUGCACCAGCCACUACCUGGACCUCUUCAUUACUGUGGUGAUUGGCCUCAAUGUCAUCACAAUGGCCAUGGAGCACUACCAGCAGCCACAGGUCCUGGAUGAAGCCCUGAAGAUCUGCAAUUACGUGUUCACCAUCAUCUUUGUGCUUGAAUCAGUCUUCAAACUUGUUGCUUUUGGGUUUCGACGCUUCUUUAAGGACAGGUGGAACCAGUUGGAUUUGGCCAUCGUGCUUCUGUCCAUCAUGGGAAUAACGCUGGAGGAGAUUGAGGUCAACGCUUCAUUGCCCAUUAACCCAACAAUCAUCCGCAUCAUGAGGGUCCUGAGGAUCGCUCGGGUGCUGAAGCUUCUAAAGAUGGCCGUAGGAAUGAGAGCUCUGCUGGACACCGUCAUCCAGGCGCUGCCCCAGGUUGGAAAUCUGGGGCUGCUCUUCAUGCUUCUGUUUUUCAUCUUUGCCGCCUUGGGAGUGGAACUGUUUGGUGAUCUCGAAUGCAGUGAAGACCACCCUUGUGAGGGCCUGGGACGCCACGCUACAUUUCGGAAUUUCGGAAUGGCUUUCCUUACCUUGUUCAGAGUGUCCACAGGAGACAACUGGAAUGGCAUCAUGAAGGACACACUGAGGGACUGUGCCCAAGACAUGGGCACCUGCUACAACACAGUGGUGUCGCCCAUCUACUUUGUUUCCUUCGUGCUCACAGCUCAGUUUGUGCUGGUGAACGUGGUGAUCGCAGUGCUCAUGAAGCACCUGGAGGAGAGCAACAAGGAGGCCAAGGAGGAGGCCGAGAUGGAGGCUGAGCUGGAGAUGGAACUACGUAACAUCAAUAACCCGUCUCCCCUAGCUGAGGGGCUGCCUUGGCCAGGCGGAGUGGGAGACAUUAGAGACAGGCCAGAUAGUCCAGGAGGGCCCUCUGACUCCAGCCAGGUCAAACUGGACUCACCGCUGUCGCUAGAUGCCCCACUGGCAAGACAUUUACUUGACACCAUCUCCCUGCUGAUCCAGGGCUCGUUGGAAGGAGAGCUCACCCUCAUGGACAACCUCUCGGACUCGGUGUGCCAUCACUACGCCCUUCCGAAGUCUGGCAAGUGCGCCACCGAGAAGCAGAUCCCUCUAGCUGAGAUGGAGGCUCUGUCUCUGACGUCUGACAUUGUGUCGGAGAAAUCGUGGUCCUUAGCUCUGACGGACGACUCUAUGCCUGACGAUAUUAACACUCUCUUACUAAAUACUCUGGAGAGCAAUGGGGAGUUGCGAGCCGAACAUAACAAUCCCAGUGCCAUACUGGCCGAUAACCUCCUGUCUGUCAGGAAGCCCUCUGUGGGCCGGACGCACUCUCUGCCCAAUGACAGCUACAUGUUUCAUCCACUGAACCCAGCAGGAUCCACUGGGCCCUCCCGAGGGGCUAUCUCACCUCAGAAGGGUCAGUCAGGUUCCACCACAUCAGUGCAAUCCCAGCCAGCCGACACCAGCACCCACCUUUUGGCCGUCCCAUUGGAUUUGUUCCGGCCCAUCAGUCCCCACAGCAAGUCUGAUUCAGAAAGCAUCCCCAAGAUCCCCCCACCAAGAUGCCCCUCCAGUGCACACAGGAUGCUGCGACGGCAGGUGGCGGUGACCAACGACUCCCUGGAUACCCUCUACGGUGAAGCCAAGGAAUCGGUUACUUCUGCAGAGAGGAACCAGCAGAGCGAUCUCUCCGUCCUCCAGCCCGCAGUACUGCUUGUUCCCGCAACUCCUGGAGCUUCUCCUAAAAUGGGCCGCUCAAGCGUCCGGACCCAGAAGCAACCGCACAACCAAUACAACAUCUCCAAAUACCCCAGCCCUCAGCCAGCCCGGAGGAGUCCCUUCAGCGAGCAGCUUUCCCAGGACCCUGCUGACCAAGAAGUCACCCACAUCAUCACAGGGGGUCAAUCUUCAGGCCUCCCUUCUUUAGACUCGAUUAGGGGUCCUAGUACCUGCCUGAGAGACCUAAAAAAAUACCACAGUGUGGACACCCAAGGCCGUCGCCUCUUGGUGGCCCGGCCUUCCUCGUGGCUGGACGAUCCCCGGAGACACUCCAUCGAGAUCUGUUCCUCUGUGGAAAGUAGCCCACAGCGCAGCUCUGGAUCCUCGGGGUUUGUUUCACGGGCGGAAAGCUUUCAGCAGCCUUCGCCGAGGCGGAAGAAAAAAAUGAGCCCCCCUUGCAUUUCCAUAGACCCUCCCGAGUGCCAGGACCCACUGGUGCUGCCCAAUUUUCACUCUGGCCUCUCCCCCUUACCCAGUAGAGACACCUGUCUUAGGAGACGCGCCCCCUCCUGCGAUUCAAAGGACUCCUUGGACCUGGGAGGGGAGGCCUUGCUGCCAGAAGCCACGCAGAUCUCCCCUAACCCAAAGCUCCUGACUCUUCAUAGCUUCUCUUUUGAGAAGACAGAUGCUGAACACUGAAUUAGAAGGAAAUGAAUAAUAAUAAUAACAACAACAAUAAUUCGAAUAUCAUCAAUAAUAAUCUCGAUCGAUCGAUCACCAUCAUCAUCAUCAUCAGACAGACACUCUCCACAUUUGCCAAAAAAAAAAAUAAAAAGAAGCAGACUGUUUUUCUUCCAUGAAACAUAGGAGCUUACAUCUUGUAUCCUGGUUACUGGUGGAACACACACAUCCAAAGAAAGCCAGCAGAACAUCAGAGGAUCUCCACCAGCCACCAGAACAUAAAAAAAUAAAAGGCCUCCCCCAACCCCCCCCCAACCUCACCCCGGGCCCACAGACUUCCAGGUCCUGGAUGGGGACGUGUCCUGGGUGCACAGGGGAGCCAGGGGUGACAGGAGAUACAAAGCAAUAUGAAAGUUUAGAGACACUACAUAUAUAUUUUCUUAAAUUAUUGGGCCAUAACGUUGAUGCAGGAUGUAGAAAUUUUGUGAUUUUUAUUUUAUUUUUUUUUUUUUCGGGGUGGGGUGGUUGGGGUGGGGUUAUCCGAGUUCAGUUUUUGAUUAUAUAUAUAUUUUUUUUUUUUGGUUCUUUUUUCACUGAUUUGACAUUUUUAGCGUUUUUUCGAUUAAAGGAAACAGGAAAAAAACGAAAAAAAAAAAAUAGAAAACAAUUCAUGUCCUUCUUAGAGCCGUCUGUUCCGAGGCAUCCAUGAGUCUAAAGACACAUUUCUUAUUGAAACCUUUUUAAUGCUUUUUUUUUUUUUUUUUAAGCACAAACAGUAGCCAAUAGUGCAUUAAUAUAAAAUAAGUGAAUAGUUUAAACAAUGAACCCAUGAGUUUAAAGAGGUGCCAGCUGUACAGUACAGUGUGUGUGGUUGCUAUGCCAGUCAAUCCUCUUGUUGAAACAGCCUUCAAGCAAAUCAGCGGCAUCACCAGGACAGACUGCAGGCUUCUGGAGGGUAUGGCGGAGUUUCGACAAGGUCGCCAUACCGGUUAUUACCGUAAAAACGUAUCUGCUGUUGGAAAGGCGCCACGUCUCUCUUUUGCGUUUUACGAAACAUUUCCCACGCAGCAUUAAAAAAAGGUUGAUUUCUUGAAGGCUGCCUGGCACGAGCCGAGGUGGGUGCCCAGGUGCUUUGAACUGUGUUCUCAAUUUUGCCUUCUUCUUCACGGUGAAGCACACACACACACAAACCCACCCCCCACCGCCCCCCCUUACAAAAAUGUCAGAGGAUCGGCCGCGAGACGGUGCCCCCGUUUCCCGAUUGAGGUCUGUUUUAUACAGAAAGUAUUUUUCAAAUGUUUUCAAUCUCAGUAUUUGAUACUGUUUCUCAUGAGAAUCCUAGACUUGCAAAAAGUGUGUGAGACGUUUGUAAGGAACUGACUGUCAUGCAAUAAAAUAGCCGCAGUUUUCAGCAACACUGUAUUUGUCGGUUCUCAUAUGAGUGGAACUGUAACCUGCUUUUAUCCUUAGAUGCUGCAAAAAGAAAAGAAACAAACAAACAAAAAAAACAGACUACAUUUUCCUUGACUUGAAUGGAGAGAUACACCUUUAUUUUUGUUUUUAUUUGUUUUUAUUUUGGUAAUCCUGCUCCAGGACGACCUGCUUUUAUCAAUAAAGCAGCCGCUGAAAGAUGA